AUGGGUGAUGAAGAAGGGAAUAGUAAUAGAAACACUAAUAGAAGAAUGGAUUUGAAUCUAUAUUUAGGUCUACCACUUCGCAUGACAGAACCUGAUCUUGGUUCAGAUCUUGCUUUAAAUUCAUUACCUGUAUCAGCUUCAGAAAUGUCUAGUACUUCUCAUUCAGAAUCAUAUCCACCUACCGUACAAGAACAAGAAGCCCCAGAAACCCUAAAUGAUGAAUUCUUUGACGAUCCAUUUCUUCCAUCUUUUUUACCUUCAUUUGCUUCACCUGCUGUUCAAGAUAGUACUGAAGGUGUUCUUAAUGAAGGUAGUAAUAGUAAUGAUGCGGCUGAGUAUGUACCAUACUCACUGUCUUCUUAUGCUCCAGUUUCCUUAUCUACAACGCCUGCUGUCCAAGAUAGUGAAUCACUUGCUCAACGACCAAGUGUUCCUCAUGUUCCUUAUGUACCUGGUUCACCCACAGCUAGGGCUCGUCGCAGAAAUGAUUCAUCAUUGCAAGCAGUUACAGGUUUUGCUCCAUACAGACCUGACAAUACGCCAAGGAGGAGUUCGUUGGAUCAUGAUGGUCUGGAUAGACCGAGGCUGCUUCAGAGUCCAGAAGUUAGGAUUCGAAGAUUGAUUGAUUCAAACCGGCGUUUGUUUGUUAGGAGGUUAAGGGCAACUGUUCCAGAUGAUUUGGUGGAAUCUGAUGGUCUAGAGGGUUUUUUGCCAGUUACAGAUGAUGGUGGUUUGCGUGAUAGAGUAGUGUCAGAUCCGUUGAAUGAAACAAGUGGUGAAGGUCAGAAAAAGAGUGAGGAGAAUGUGGGUGGGGAGGGUUUAGAAGAGAAGGGGACUGAGGAUCAGAAUAAUGGAGCUGCUAACUUUGAUUGUAAUGUAUGUUUGGAUGUGGCGAAAGAACCUGUUGUCACUUCAUGUGGGCAUUUGUUCUGCUGGCCUUGUUUAUAUCAAUGGCUUCAUCUUCACAGUGAUCAUAAAGAAUGUCCUGUGUGUAAAGGUGAGGUAAUGGAAUCAAAUAUCACACCUAUAUAUGGACGAGGUAGUUCUGAAAUGGAUGAGAAGAAAGAGGGUGGAGAGGAAAACUCGGGUUUAAAAAUUCCCCCAAGACCAUGUGGGCGUCGGUUGGAAGGAUUUAGGCAGAGAAUUCGGAGACCAGUUGGUCCAUUUAGGUUUGUUGUGGGCGAAGAUACACAAAAUGGAGAAGAAGGGCCAGAUGAGCCUAGUGUCCAUGGGAUUUUUAAUGGAGCUAACAGUAGAGUUCUUACAAGACUUUUGGCAGCUCGUAGACGUAGGGAAGAUAGUUCGGAGCAUGCAAUGAAUGCUGGUGGAAGUGGGUCUUCUGGAAGCGCAAAUGAGGCGGCUUUAAAUCCCACAGAAAGCAGUCAUCAACCAUCUGGUGUGCUUCAUGGAGGUGGGUCACGCAGUACUCCAUCAGCUCUUGCACGCCGUGUAACAGGGUUAUUGCCAAGGUAUGCGUUAUACAGUUUCCAUUCUGAUAGAUUUGCAGAAAUUGCUUCUGAGCUGUCUAAUGUGGUGGUAAGGAUGGGAAACAAUAGUGAGAGUAAUUCUGGUGCUUCUGUGAAUCCUCGAGAGGUUCGAGGAACUUCAGAAACCACAGCGGCUACAGAUCAAGCUUCUGCCUCCAGCACCGUUGCUGUAAUACAAGGCGAUAAUAGAGGUCAAAUUGAUGCUCCUGCAGAGCCAAGCAGCGUGGGUUCAUCUCGAACCCUUAGGCGCCGACGAAGAAACGCUGUAUCUGGUUCUUUAGAUGUGGAUGGAGAAGUUAAUACUGUUCGUAAACGAAGAAGGCUGAAUUAG